UCGUGCUACUUUAAGGAACCCGAUGUACACAAGGCAACAACUGUAAAAGUUACACCAACACCCAACAACGGAUGGACUGAAAUGGUACCAUUACAACGAACUAAGUUAUUUGAUGGUCGAUUGAAAUUAUGGUUCGAAUUCCAAAAGGUGCAUUAUACGUUCGACGAGGAUAAGAAGCAAUUCAGAUCGUUCGAAUUGGACACAAAUAAGCCGAUGAAAUAUUUUCAAGAGUCAAAAGGACUCGAAACUGAUGAAGCAAUAGUGGAGGCAAAGCAAGAUUUGGGCGAUAAUCAUAUGGAAAUGGUUAUACCACAGUUUAUGGAAUUGUUCAAA